AUGGAAUAUACGGAAAAAAUGGCAGACAAAAAUCUUACUAUCAUGGAAGAAUUUAUUCUUUUGGGAUUUUCUGAGAUUCCCAACUUCCAAGGUUUUCUCUUUGUUAUGUUUUUAGUCAUCUAUAUCAAUAUCCUGUUGUGGAAUGGUCUCAUCAUUUUAAUCACCAAUGUGGAACAAGCUCUCCAAACACCUAUGUAUUACUUCCUUGGAAACUUCUCCUUUGUGGAAAUUUGUUACACAUCAGUCACCCUCCCCAGAAUGCUUAUAAAUCUUUGGAGUCAGAAAAGAAAUAUUUCUUUACUCUCAUGUGCUACACAACUGUGUUUCUUUCUUGUUCUGGGAGUCACAGAGAGCUUCCUCUUGGCAGUUAUGGCCUAUGACCGUUAUAUGGCAAUCUGUAAGCCACUCUACUAUCAUAUAAUCAUGAACCACAAGAUAUGUGUCCAGAUGGUGAUUGGCUCUUGGGUCACUGGCAUUCCACUUUUAAUUGGGCAGACAUACCAAGUUUUCUCUAUGUCCUUUUGUGGUUCUAACAAACUUAACCAUGUUUUCUGUGACAUGCCUCCAUUAAUGAAGUUGGCAUGUGGAGAUACCUCUGGGAUUGAAUUCUUUAUUUAUAUUGAUUGUUUCCUGUUUGGUUUGAUUCCCUUUCUAUUGAUACUCUUGUCUUACACAAGAAUCCUCAGAACUGUCCUGAAGCUCCCUUCAAACACUGGCAGAUCCAAAGCCUUCUCUACUUGCUCAUCUCAUCUUAUAGUUGUAAGCUUAUUCUAUGGUUCUGGUGUCAUUGCAUAUCUGCAAUGUAAGUCUAGUUACUCAGGCAGAACAGAUAAGAUCUUCUCGCUCUUCUACACCAUUUUGACACCAAUGGUUAAUCCCAUGAUAUACAGUCUGAGGAACAAGGACUUCAUUGAGGCAAUGAGAAAACUAUUUUCUAAAUGUGUAAGGUAA